UAAAAUUACAUAUUGCAACAAUAAAGAAGACUGAAGAGUUGCUUGCGACCAAAUGGCAUUUCCCCCUUUUCUACAGUUGUAAAUGACGCCACUGAGCUUUUCGACCAUUUUUGGUGAUGGUUCUUCCCUGUCAGAUCCCUAGGCUAACAGUAGUUUUACUGUGGCACCUAAACCAUCAGAUUUCUUCUUCAUUCAGAUCAAGUCAAUGGUCAAACAUAUCAUAGACCCUCCAUUACUUCUUGGAUGUGCAUGUUAAAACAAAACAGCCCUGGUCCUAGAUCUAACCACAGAACUGCCAAUCACAAAACACGGACGUCCUUACCACCAUCCCCAAACGAGUAGGCAACAGUUCCCACUUCACUUCUUUCUUUCUCCAUUUUCCUUAUCCCCAACCAUAUUACAUCACAUGGAACACCGCAUCACCCACCACAACCGCAUCAUAGCAGCAACCCCAGAUCCUUACCCAUCUAUGGAUCCCACCCUCAAAAACCAAUCAAACAAAACAAACAUCUCUUCCAAAACCACACAAAAGAACCCUGAUUUUUCAACAUCAUCUAAACCCUUUUGUUAUUUGACCAAUAGUUUUUCAAGGUUGAACCUUUAUCAUAACAAAGCUCCUACUUCACAAAAACACAUCAGAAACCCACCUACCAAAGACAUCCAUUUGCAAGCUAAUGCCAUGAUUUUUUCUGCUGAUUCUGAUUCCUCCAAGUUCCCACACGUUAAACCAAGCAAAUUAAUGCAGCCCCAACAGAAAACAGCAUCCAGAAAUGACAAAGAUAGCCGUAUAAAGGAGGAAGCUUCAAAAGAGAUAAGGAAGAAAUCAUCGAAAGGUGGGCCAUUGAUUAGUAAACAGAAGGAAGUUUGUAAAGAGGAAGUUAAUUCUAAGAAACUGGUGUUAGUGAAAGAUACAGACGUGAAGAAUCUACAACAUCAAGGGCAUGAUGCUAUGAGAUUUUCAGUUUCAAUAGGGCGAAGGAGAUCCUUCUGUGACUCAGAGGUCGGGUUGGGUAGUGUUCUUGCAAACUGCGGUGUGAAAGUUGUUUCAGUUGAUAUGCCGCCGUUUAUGCAGAUCCAUGCGGUUGAUUUUGCAAGAAAGACUUAUGACAGCUUAGAAAAGUUCACCGCCAAAGCCCUUGCACUCACUCUCAAGAAGGAGUUCGAUGGGGUUUAUGGACCGCCGUGGCAUUGUAUUGUGGGGACAAGUUUUGGGUCUUUUGUCACGCAUUCGGUUGGUGGGUUUCUUUAUUUUUCGAUGGAUCAUAAGCUGUAUAUCUUAUUGUUUAAGACGACUGUACAAAAAAGCAGAGUGAAGUCACAGCAUCUCUACUCUAGUAUGGAAAACUUUAGAAAAUAUAAAGCAACAUUGUGUUGUAUUAUCCCAUUUGUAGCUUGUACAUUGGAUUGGCUCAAAGAGUAGGACUAGGACGUGAAGAAAUCGAUUUUCUUUUUGUUCAAUUUCCAUUUGUUUGGCUGUUUGACCCUUUUUAAGUGGUCUAAAUUUUAAUCAAUUAGACGUUUCUUUCAUGAC